GCGCUCCUGCAGGCGGACGGCUCAUCAUGAAGAAGCACUCGGCCCGGGUGGCCCCGCUCAGCGCCUGCAACAGUCCGGUCCUUACCCUCACCAAAGUGGAAGGGGAGGAGCGCCCCCGGGAUUCCCCGGGCCCGGUGGAGGCCCAGGCGCCGGCUGGGGCGGAGGCCGGCGGGAGGACGAGCCACCGCUGCUGGAGAUGCUCCCGGGCGCAGCUCAAGAAGAUCUUCUGGGGCGUGGCGGUCGUGCUGUGCGUGUGCUCCUCCUGGGCGGGCUCCACGCAGCUCGCCAAGCUGACCUUCAGGAAGUUCGACGCCCCCUUCACCCUGACGUGGUUUGCCACCAACUGGAACUUUUUGUUCUUCCCGUUGUACUACGUGGGGCACGUCUGCAAGUCCGCAGAGAAGCAGUCUGUGAAGCAGAGAUACAGGGAAUGCUGUCGAUUUUUUGGAGACAAUGGCUUGACUUUGAAGGUGUUUUUUACCAAGGCAGCACCCUUUGGUGUUCUUUGGACACUCACAAACUACCUGUACUUACAUGCAAUAAAGAAAAUAAACACUACGGAUGUCUCCGUCUUAUUCUGCUGCAACAAAGCUUUUGUGUUCUUGCUCUCAUGGAUCGUUCUCAGGGACAGGUUCAUGGGAGUGAGGAUUGUGGCCGCCAUCCUCGCCAUCGCUGGGAUCGUGAUGAUGACCUAUGCGGAUGGCUUCCACAGCCACUCUGUCAUCGGCAUAGCGCUGGUGGUGGGCUCUGCGUCCAUGUCUGCCCUCUACAAGGUUCUGUUCAAGCUCCUCCUGGGCAGUGCUAAGUUCGGAGAAGCCGCCUUAUUUUUGUCCAUUUUGGGUGUGUUUAACAUCCUCUUCAUCACCUGUAUUCCCGUCAUCCUCUACUUUACCAAAGUGGAAUACUGGAGCUCCUUCGAUGACAUUCCAUGGGGAAACCUUUGUGGAUUUUCAGUCCUCUUAUUGACAUUCAAUAUUGUAUUAAAUUUUGGAAUUGCUGUUACGUAUCCCACUCUGAUGUCUGUUGGAAUCGUCCUCAGUGUACCUGUGAAUGCAGUGGUUGAUCACUACACCAGUAAGAUCGUCUUCAACGGGGUCCGGGUCAUCGCCAUCAUCAUCAUCGGCCUGGGCUUCCUCCUCCUGCUCUUGCCCGAGGAGUGGGAUGUCUGGUUGAUCAAGCUGCUGACCCGCCUCAAGGUGAGGAAGAAGGAGGAGACGGCGGAGGGCGCUGCAGACCCGGGCUCUGGACCUCAGAGCAAGAACAGAAGAGCCCGCCCUUCGUUCGCCCGCUGACCGUGGGCCCUCCAGAACUCUGCGGCGAACGCUCACGCUCGUUGUUAGUGACUUGGGGGGUCUCUUCCUGGCGGGGGCCCCUCGGUUUGGUAAGGUGUACAUACCUGUACAGUUCCGGUAAUCUGCGGUAAGUUAUACGGUAUUUAUUGGCAUGUCCAAUUUGCUUGCUCUUUUUCCACAUCAGACCUUUCUCCUAAGGUUACCAGUUCAAAAUGAGAGCGACGAGAAGAGCCUCUCGGCCCUUUUUCAGGGAAUGUAAAGCUGGUUACAGUUACCCUGGCAUUGAUUGUCCGGGGACGACGAGAGGCAGGGCCAAGUGUUCUGAAUCUUAGCAACUGAAAAUUUACAUUGCACACUGUGAUUACUUUCCAGCUAUGGUAGGGUCAUAUUUUGUUUUAUACCAGAGCUGUAUUCUUAAUUUUAAGGGAUCUCAACGAACCAAAAGCUGACUGUUCGGUCAAUCUGGGCGGACGGAGGGAUGGAUGGAUGAGGACGUUAAGAGGUGACGCGGAAAAGGGAAACGGGCUGCAGAACCCAUCGACUGCGGACUUAACCUCGGGGUGACGGUUGGAGGAGGACAGGCCCGCGCCGGGUGACAGAGAGGGAAAGAGAAGCCCAAGCCCCAGCUAGCUGCUCUCCUGUGUCUGUGUAAGAUCACGCAAGAGAAAUUACAGUGCCUUCUACAGAAUUUUCGUCUUUACCUACGUGAAGCGAGGUGACAUUGUAAGUCACUGGCGCCGUCUUCUUAUUUAGGUGUAAAAAUCUUUAGAAACCAGUAAAACUAUAUAUGUGCGUGUGUGUGUGUGUGUACGAAAAAUGACAAGCUGGUGACCUGUGUAAUGGCACAUGGUUAGCGGUGUGCAAUGCACAGACAAGGUAGACUAUGCCGGAGGUGAAUUGCUUUCACUUCGUGACCAAGCUGGAAAAAUUACUUCCUGAACCUGUAAACCUUUUUAUGAAACUUUUAAAGCACCGGGCUGUUUACUUACACAAUUUAGGUCUGCCAGAAAAAUUCUAUCUGUGAUAGAUCUUGUAAAGAGGGACAAGGGGGUUAGAGUUUACUAUUUUUGAAGUUUACAUUGUUACAUACGAAAUGGAGACCUUAUUUUGAAAUGUUGUCAUAACCCAAUGGUGCACUCUGUUAACCAUGGAGUCUUUCGUUUCAUAGGGGAAAGGGGCAUUCGUGACCUGAACUUUUUAGCAAAUUAUUAUUCUCAGUUUCCAUUACCUGUU